AUGUUGAGGAGAGGGGUUGAGGAGAGGUUGAGGAGAAUGCUGAGGAGAGGAGGAAAGGGGUUAAUGAUUGCGUUGAGGAAAGGAGCGUUGUUCGCAGUCCGGCCGGGGACCAACGUGUCGUCGGUGACGGUGCCCUACAACGUCACCUUCCGCGACCUGGCGGCACGCCCCGCCGGCGACGGCGAGCUGCAGUUCAACUACUGCGGCUGCGGCUGGCCCCACCACAUGCUGCUGCCCAUGGGCACCCGCGAGGGCUUCCAGGCUGACCUCUUCGUCAUGGUGUCCGACUACGCCGCCGACGAGUACCGCUCUUCCGUCUGA